CUGCUUCAAAACGUCAGUGGGCAAUUCUUGAGACAGAAAAGCCCAACGGCCAUGGCAAUGCACUCCUUACUUCACCUUCCAAAACCCACUUUCCCGCGCAAAUCCCUUUUCCCUCCGCGCCCAAAACCUCAAACCCAACCGCCAAAUUCCCCCAAAAACUUGGUGGGUCUACUCGGGGCGGGUCUGACACUGGCCUUCGUCGGACCCGCCUCAGCUUCUGAGCUGCUGCCCUUGAAUGAACCCUCCAAUGCCCUCUCCUUGCCCACCUGGGCCAUUCACGUUUCCAGCGUCGUUGAAUGGGUUACAGCAAUGGCAUUGGUGUGGCAGUACGGGGAGAAGUCCGGGUUCGAAUCUUGGAAAGGGCUGUCUUGGGGGAUGGUUCCCUUGCUUGGUGGAGCAUUAUGUGCAUGCACUUGGCAUUUCUUUUAUAACUCUGAGUCUCUUGAAGUACUGGUGGCUCUUCAAGCAGCCCUGACAGUAAUAGGCAAUGCCACAAUGUGUUUUGCUGCAUAUCGUAUUUACAGAUCAUCCGAAGAACGCUCCAAGAAUCUUUGAAAUUUGUAUACAUGGAAACACAAAUCUAAUUCCUACAAGGAAUCUGGGUGCAGAAUUACGUAAGGUUCACUGAAAUGAUGGUAGAAACUCAAGCAUCGAUUUGAUGUCACUGUCAUUUGGAAUAUUCCAUUCAAAGUGUUGAAAGGAGCCUGACGGUCAGGUGCCACCAUGUUUCGAACGGUAGGAGUUUGUCUACCAAGUAAAUUUUCUGGAACCUCUGUUGUACAAUAGACAUAGGGUUUCUUGCAAUUGAAUUAGUGAUAGAAAUUACAAUCUUUGCGUAUUUUAUGCAUAUAAUUUUAUUUGUUAUUCUGCUCCCUUAUGGUAUGCUCAACUACCUGGGAUUGCUUUAACUGAUAUGAUCUAAAACUGAUAGAGCCGAACUUUUUGAAGCUUUUUAAUGUUAUAUACACUAGUUGAGCCGCUUCGUUAA